AUGUGCGAGAAAGCGAGAGUGAUAGUGAGAAUGCUACAAGGCUGCAACAGCAUGAACAAGCUCCAUAAGAUCCACUCUCACGUCAUCGUCAACGGUCUCCAACACCAUCCUUCCAUCUUCAACAACCUGCUCCGCUUCUGCGCCGUCUCCGUCACCGGCGACUUGCCUUACGCUCUGCUUCUCUUCCACAAUUUCGAUUCCGAUCCAUCCACGUCGGCUUGGAACUCCCUCGUCCGCGGCUUCUCCGUCUCCUCCUCCCCACUCUCUUCCCUUCUCUUCUACAAUCGAAUGCUUCUCUCCUCCUCUUCCCGCCCAGAUAUCUUCACUUUCAGUUUCGCCCUCAAGGCCUGCGAGAAGCUCCGCUCGAUUCCGAAAUGCCUCGAGCUUCACGGCUCCAUCAUCCGAUCUGGUUUCCCCGCCGAUGCGAUCGUCUCCACCGGCCUCGUCCGUUGCUACUCUGCGAACGGAAGUAUCGAAAUCGCCUCCAAAGUGUUCGACGAAAUUCCUGUGAGAGACUUAGUCUCUUGGAACGCAAUGAUCUCUUGCCUUUCUCACGCCGGUUUGCACCAUCACGCCUUGAGUAUGCAAAAGCGAAUGGAGAACGAAGGAGUCCGCGUCGACGCGUACACGCUCGUUGCUCUGUUAUCGUCUUGCGCGCACGUUAGCGCGUUGAACAUGGGUGUUACGUUACACAAGUUAGCCUGUGACAUCGACUGCGAGAGCAGCGUCUAUGUGAGCAACGCUCUUAUCGACAUGUAUGCAAAAAGCGGAAGCCUUGAAAACGCUGUGACUGUCUUCAACGGGAUGCGGAAGAGAGAUGUGUUGACAUGGAACUCGAUGAUGAUUGGGUAUGGAGUUCAUGGUCACGGCGUUGAAGCCAUCUCCUUCUUCAGAAAGAUGGUGACUUCUGGGGUUAGACCAAAUGCUAUAACAUUCCUCGGACUGUUGUUAGGUUGUAGUCAUCAAGGUUUAGUCAAGGAAGGAGCUGAGCAUUUCCAGAUGAUGAGUUCUCGGUUCCGUUUGAGUCCCAGCGUUAAACACUAUGGAUGUAUGGUGGAUCUUUAUGGACGAGCGGGUCAGCUCGACAAGGCGCUGGAGAUGAUACAUGCGUCUGGUUGUGGAGAAGAUCCUGUCUUGUGGAGAACUUUGCUCGGCUCUUGCAAGAUCCAUGGGAAUUUGAAGCUAGGAGAAGUGGCGAUGAAGAGUUUGGUGCAGCUCAAGGCGUUUAAUGCAGGGGACUAUGUGCUUAUGACUUCGAUUUACUCUGCAGCUGAUGAUGCUCAAGGUUUUGCUAGCAUGAGGAAGAUGAUAAGAAGGAAUGAUUUAAAGACAACGCCAGGAUGGAGCUGGAUUGAGAUUGGCGAUCAAGUUCAUAAAUUCGUCGUUGAUGACAAAAUGCAUUUGGAGUUUGAACUUAUUUACUCAGAGCUGCAGGGAGUGGUCCGUCGCGCCAUGGUAGCUGGCUAUAAACCAGAGGAUUCGAACGUGACUGGUCCGGUUCUCUCUGACCGGUGUUUAGGAUCUGCGUUUCACAGUGAGAAACUGGCGAUUGCGUAUGGAUUGAUGAGAACUCCUGCAGGAACAAGUCUCAGGAUCACAAAGAAUCUGAGGGUUUGCAGAGAUUGUCAUUCGUUUACAAAAUUUGUAUCGAAAGCAUUUGAUCGGGAAAUUAUUGUGAGGGAUAGAGUUCGGUUUCAUCACUUUGCGGGUGGCCUUUGUUCUUGCAACGACUACUGGUGA